CCUGCACCGCGGGUCUCUCGUCCGCCAGACACCCAGCGAUCAUCUCGGGGCCGAAGCUCAGUCGGCAGGCAACGGCAACCAUGGCUCCCAAAUCCUUCUUCCUCACCCUCCUCUCCACCCUGACCCUAAGCCUGGCGGCCUCCAUCCCCGAGACUGACUAUGAGGUUAUCGUCAUCGGCGGCGGCCCCAGCGGCCUCAGCGCGAUCAGCAGUCUGUCUCGCGUCCGGCGGCGAACCAUCCUGUUCGAUUCGGGCGAGUACCGCAAUGCGCCGACCCGCGAGAUGCACGAUGUGAUCGGCAACGACGGCACCCCACCCGCAGAAUUCCGGGGUCUCGCGCGCGAACAGAUCCUGAAGUACGACACCGCGACCAUCGUGAACACGACCAUCACAACCGUCACGCCGGAGAGCGACCCGGCCACCAACACAACCUACUUCCGGGCGCAAGACGUGGACGGCAACGCGUACACGGCCCGCAAAGUCGUGCUGGGCACGGGGCUCAUCGACGUCCUCCCGGCCGUACCGGGACUGCAGGAAGCCUGGGGCAAGGGGGUGUACUGGUGCCCGUGGUGCGACGGGUACGAGCACCGCGACCAAGCCUUGGGGAUCCUGGGGGCGCUGCCGGACGUGGUGGGCAGCGUGCUGGAGACGCACACGCUCAACACGGACGUGAUCGCGCUCGUCAACGGCACCGACACCCCGGCCUACGAGGCCGCCCUGGCCGCCAAGUACCCGGACUGGCGCGCGCAGCUCGCCGCGUGGGAUGUCGCGGUGGACAACCGCAGCAUCGCGUCCAUCGAGCGCCUGCAGGACGGGGAGGAGGUCCGCGGCCAGGAUGGGAGCAUGCAAGAUGUGUUCCGGGUGUGGUUCGCGGACGGCGACAGCGUCGUGCGCAACGCCCUCAUCACUAACUACCCCACCGCCCAGCGCAGUGAGAUCCCCGCCCAGCUCGGGCUGAAGAUGGACGACGGCAAGAUCGAUACCGCGGACUACUCCGGCAUGCGCACGAGUUUGCCAGGCGUGUUUGCCGUCGGCGAUGCGAAUAAUGAUGGGAGUACCAAUGUGCCGCAUGCGAUGUUCUCGGGGAAGCGGGCUGGUGUUUUUCUCCAUGUGGAAAUGGCGCGCGAGGAGUCUGCGGCUGCCAUUGGGAAGCGGGAGGCUGCUGCUGGCUUGUCGAGACGGGAGAUGGAGAAGGAGACGGCGCGGAUGGUCGGCGAUGAGAUGGAGCGGCUGUGGAAGCGGGUGCUGGAGUCGAGGAAGAACGCCUCGUAGCAAGUCAUCAUCUCCAGUCAGUCUGUCCAGGUCAAAGAAAGCUACGGAGUAUAGCUUGGUGAGAUGUACUGUAUCAUGUCCUGCUGGGCUUGCAACAUCCCUUAUCGGUGGCAAGUCAGUUCGUAUUCCAGCUCGGACUGCUUCUUCGUCGAAAGAAACUCAAAAUCAAUUCCCAGAUGACUGACUUGUCGGACAGCCCUAUAUAUUAAUUAAGUAAACAAUUACCAGCAGCA